GAGAGAGAGAGAGAGAGAGAGAAGCGAUGUGGAAGAGCAGGAACUGUCUGAUCGAGGAACUGAAGAAUCAAAAUUCACCAGCAGUUGUUUAGAAAUAUACUACAUUUACUCAGAUACAGUAAGAUACAUGACACUUUCAGAUGAGAAUAUAAUUUUGUGUAGACGUUUCGCGGCCCCAGAGGCGCGCACGUAAAUUAGGCUAAACCCGGCAUAAAACAUUUUACUUUUCGAUGGAUUGUUGCGAGUUGUGAGAUUAGUUGAAUAACCAUUACAUUUACAAGAUGUCUUCAGAACAAGAUAAGAACAAAUAUCUUUUGAAAGAGCUUUUGGGAAGACCUGGGAACGGGAGCUGUGCCGACUGCGGAGCAGCAGAAACAGAGUGGGCAUCCUACACCUUGGGUGUGUUUUUGUGUCAGAGCUGUGCUGGUCUCCAUGGAAACAUCCCUAACAUCAGCUCUGUCAAGUCUGUGCUGCGGGACUCUUGGAGCAACACUGAGGUGGAGUUCAUGGCGUCCACAGGUAACGAUGCUGCUAAGGCUAAGUACGAGCAGAAGGUGCCUGCUUUCUACUACCGCCCUACACACUCAGACUGCCAGCUGCUGAGGGAGCAGUGGAUCCGGGCCCGCUAUGAUAGAAACGAGUUUGUGUGUUUGGAAAGACAGGAGCCAUACUCUGCAGGGUACAGAGAGGGGUUUCUAUGGAAACGGGGUAGAGACAACGGACAGUUCCUCAGCCGAAAAUUUAUUCUGUCGGAGCGGGAGGGCGCUCUGAAGUACUUCAACAAGCAUGAUGCUAGGGAGCCCAAGGCUGUGAUGAAGAUCCACACUCUGAAUGCCAACUUCCAGCCAGAGAAGAUUGGCGACCCCCAUGGGCUGCAGAUCACCUACCUGAAGGACAACAGCACCAGGAACAUCUUUAUUUACCACGAGGACCCCAAGGAAAUGGUAGACUGGUUCAACGCCAUCAGAGCUGCCAGGUUUCAUUACCUACAGGUGGCCUUCCCUGGGGCGCACGAUGCUGACUUGGUGCCAAAGCUAACAAGGAAGUAUAUUAAAGAAGGCUACAUGGAGAAGACGGGUCCAAAGCACACGGAAGGCUUUAAGAAGAGGUGGUUCACCAUGGACGACAGGAGACUCAUGUAUUUCAAAGACCCCUUGGAUGCCUAUGCCCGAGGUGAGGUGUUCAUAGGCAGUGGAGAGAACAGCUACACCGUCCUCCCUGGUCUGCCCCCAUUGACACAGGGCUACCACUGGCAGUUUGGCAUCACCAUAGUAACGCCUGACAGGAAGUUCCUGUUUGCGUGUGCGACCGAAGUGGAUCAGAGGGAGUGGAUGGCUGCCUUUCAGACUGUGAUCAACAGACCCAUGCAGCCUCAGGAGUAUGCAGUGGAGGCCCACUUUAAACACAAGCCCUAAAAUGAGUCACAUGCGUGACCUAAGGAGCAGAGAGAGGACUGGGAGGAGGAAGAGGAGGAAGAGGAUGGACACCUAUCCAGACAGACAUGCCUUGGAGUCUCCAGGAUAAAAGGAGUUCUGCGUAUGUGUGCGUGUGACUACCUAAUGAUAAACGAAGAGAUUGAACCAGGAUGGAAAGAGGCUGUAGAGAUCAUUGUUAUUGGACCCUGCCAACCAUAACCAUAACCAUAACCCUAGCCCUAACCAACCAUACCCCUCAAACACACCACACACACACAAUCACGCACACACACAAACACACACAGACACACACACACAGAGCAGUCUGAAGUCAGAAAGUAGUUGACUAGUUGAAAAUACAGCACUUUGAGAGUUUUCUUCAGUCAGCCUGGACUGUGGGUGGGCUUAGAGGCCGCCAUGACAGGCAUGAUCAAUCAAGCACAGAUUUCCGAUGAUACCACAGUCUCUAUCCUGGUCUGUCUUUCAGGACUUGAAAUCGACCUUCAUUCCCUGACAUACACUCAGCUCUUGAACGUCAGCUUUAUUUCUCUGUGCUGCAAGUGUUUUUCUGAUAAAGAGCUGUAUGAGCAACUGCUGGUCUGAUUGUCCUAAACGCCCUGUCAUUUUCUGUAUCAGCUAACAAAUCAAAUUCCAUACUGCUUGGAGUUGAUAAAAGCACUUGGUUCAGACUAAUCUUCAUCCUCAGCUUGGGUCGGGAAUCACAUGUUUUAAUGCCAUAGUAACUCAGCUCACUGGUAUAUCCCAAUCACCUUGGUCUCUGUUCGCAGACACAGAUACUCUCAUGAAGUGAGUACAAAUGGAGAGACACCAAGGAACACAAUUCACGCAGUAUGUAUGCACUCUGUCACUGCAUCACGGUGCAGAUUGGAUCAUUCCUGAAUCUAUUUAUGAAAUCUAUUUUAGAAAGCUUUUUUAUGGUAUUUACAUUUAGUCAUUUAGCAGAUGCUCUUAGCUUCCAGUUCUGCCAUGGAAGACCCAUGAUGCUUUUUAAAAUCAAAUCCAAAUCACCUAAAGAUUACUGUAAGUAUGGGAGCAAGCAUGGCAUAGUUGUAACUUGUCUUGUAAUUGAUUUUAGUACUGUACUGUUUUACCGGAUCUGAAUUCUUUGUGCCCAUUUGUAAUGUUUGUAAUGUAUGCGUUGUGGGGUGACAUGGUUGGUCGAAAAUGGAACUGAUGGAAUUAAUCCCUGUGUCAGAUUCAGCUAGGACCACCUGCAGGUCACAAUUGUUCUUUACACCUAUCGCCUUGUGUCUGUUGUAUAUAGCACAACCAUUUUCAGACUUGUCCAUUUCUUUUCCCGUGCUAUUGCCUUCUCUCACCAGCAGGGAGAGCCUCCAUACAAGUCAACAUUUUAAACACACUAAGUGACAUGCGUAGGAAUUAACUGGAUGUUUCCGGAAGCAUUCUAACUCACACAUGAUCAGAGCGACGAUGCACAAGGAGAGCUCAUGUUGUAAAUGACUGGUGUCUUUCCAUGUCAUGAUUGUGAUGAACAGUGAAACAUGACAUUACACUUUGGAUGAAGAGGUCCUUAUAACCUUUAUUGUCUUUCACUUAAAUUCACAAGAAAGUUUGGUUGCACACUGAAAAGUAGUAAACAUGAACUUCAUGAAGGGAGCGAUACAUUGUAUGGACAUCUAAUUUGAAGUGGCAAAAGAUCAUGUAAAUACUGUACAUUUAAUAUUGUUUUUAUGCGUGUUGAUGGUAAUAAAGUAAAGCAAAUCAGA